AUGGCUGUCACUAUGAAGACGACCAACGCCGAGGGGAAGAAGCACGGCAAGGACGUCAGAGUCUAUCUCAACAACGAGCCCAUCGGCAUCAAGUCAUUCAAGCAGUACGUCGAGAUGUAUGUCUCAUCUGCCGCAGAUAAUGCUGCAGAGCAGUCUGGUGCCGCUUCAGUAAAGCAGACAGUGGUUCACGAGCGCAUCAAUGACCGCUGGGAGGUCGCCUUCACCAUCUCCGAUAGCGGCACGUUUCAACAAGUGUCGUUCGCCAACUCUAUUGCGACUAUCAAAGGUGGCACACAUGUUGCGACUGUAGCAGACCAGAUUGCCAAAUCACUGCUCGCAGCUGCUUCAGAAGAAGAACAGAGGAGGCUUGGUUUGGCCGGAAUCUGCCGUCUGGACAACCUAUUGUCGCUAUUCUAG